UAUAUAGGUCACUAGUGUAAAUGUGAUUAUUUACUUUUUAAAAAUUUUACUUCUUAGUUAAAAGUCCAGACGUAGCCACUAAAUAUUUAGUGCACGAAAGUGAGCGAGACCAUCGCCAUGUAUUUAGCUCUCUGCUUUGUUGUUACCCUUGCUGGAAUAAAUGCUGUGCCUCUGACAUCAGGUGGAGUCUCAACAGAAUUAUACGGCGAUCCAUUAACCCACGAUCAGAUCAUACAACUUAUCAAAGAUCACAUGAAUAAUAAAAGACAGCAGUUGUCUCUGUAUGGCGACCCUCUGACCCACGACCAGAUCAUACAGCUCAUCAAAGACCACUUGAACACCAAGAGACAACAGUUGUGGGAAAACCCUCUAACCCACGAUCAAAUCAUUCAAUUGAUUAAGGACAAUAUUUCAACAACCAGAAGAGACAAUCUCCUGCAGUCUGCUGCAUACAGACAGUUGAUCCAACAUGUCUACGGUACUAUAAAUCCUUUGAUCUCAAUAUCAACAAUUGAUCAACCCUUUUGGUCAGCUCUGAUCCACGACUUAGGCUACCACGAGAUCUUAGAUAUACUCGGAGAGAUCUGGAAAGUCCGUUAACUUCAGAGGCAUGUUCUGGGUUUCUGAAUAGUUAAAGUCAUUCGAGGUUCUGCUUGGGGGAUGCUUUUCAGUUGACAUUUCUAAACAUUUUAGUGUUCUUUUUUUUUCUUUUUACGACAUUAAAUAUUUAACGCGAUAACAAUCUUUUGUUAAUAUGUAUUAUUACAAAUAUUUUGUGUCGUUGUGGUAAAACAGCCGCAAUGCUACAAUGAUGUUUACUUUAGUUUGUUUGUUUUACAUGUUUCGUAUGUUGUGUCAGAUUUUGAAGAGAAUUACAUCCUAGCCCUAACGUCCAGCAGGACAAAGUGGAUAUGUCAUCGGGCAGGGUUUAAAUCCACAGACCAUUGAGACCACCGAAAGACAGUCCAGAGCGCAUACCACACGACCAGGCAGCCAUUUAUUCGCAUUAAAUAUUCUACGAAGUCAACUUUCCUUGUUAUCUAAACUGUUUUUUUUUUUCUAAAAUAAAAAAAAAAUAUCCAAAGCAAAACGAACAUGGUAAAAAUAUUUUUCUUUUCUCUUCUAGUUUCUGAGAUCUGAGUGUGACAGACGGACAUUUUGCACAAACCUAAUAGCGGCUUUUCUCCUUACGGAGGCCGCUAAAAAACACUCACUUUUCGUGUAUUUCUGAUAUUUGUAGGCCUAAAUGUUCUGAAAAUAUUAGCGGUUCCAUAGCUAUUAAUUUCCACUUCUGACAUCAAAAGUAUGUCACCUAACAUGUAUUAAAAUUGUUCUGCUGGUACAUCAACA